AUGUCAAAUAUUUUCCCUUGAAAGAUUCCUUGUGCUGCAAAAAGAAUCAUCCGAGAAACAUUUGUUUCUAUUUUAUCAAAUUAAAUUAAUUAAUCGGUUAAUAAAUCAAUAAUUAAUAAUGGCAUCCAAUCCCUCAGGUGGUGAACAAAUAGAUUUGGAGAAAUUAAGUCUGGAACAAUUGCAACAAAUUAAAGCCGAAUUCCAACAAGAAGUUGAAGCCAUUCAAGAUUCAAUACAAACCCUCUACAAUUGCAAAGCUAAAUAUGCCACCUCCAAAGAAGCUCUCGAACAAGUGCAACCCGAUUGGCAAAACAAAGAGAUCCUUGUUCCCCUCACAAGCAGCAUGUAUGUCCCAGGGACAAUCAAAGACAUGGAUAAUUUUGUAAUUGAUGUUGGCACUGGUUAUUAUGUUGAAAAGGACCUUGAAACAUCAAAAGAUUACUUCAAGCGUCGAGUUGAAUACGUUCAAGAGCAAAUGGAGAAAAUCGAAAAGAUCCAAUACCAGAAGAGCCGGUUUCUGAGUGUUCUAGUCAGUGUCAUGGAACAGAAACAGCAGAUGGCCAAGCAAGGAGCUUAAUGCAACCACCGCACCCGAUCCCGUUUAUCAGAAAUAGAAAGAAAUGAUUCUUUGUUGUCACUCCCAGCACGAACAAUUCAGAUUAAGCAUUUAAAAAUAAUUAAAAAUAAAAGAUUGCAGUUUCGAAAGCUAAAA